AAAAAUUGACGAGAGCCUGAUUCCACCACGCUGCCUCACAUGGUAUCAUCUUAAUACUUGUUCAUGCCGGUUUUUGAGUUCUUUGGUUUGUUUGUUUAAUUAUUUUAGACGAGCGCCUGAUUUCCCCGCAAGGCCAGAUAAAUUGUUUCAAUGGUGGCACGAAGCAUCUACAGAACACACUAUCGGUAAUUCUUUACCUUCCUCCAGAAGUCCCUCCUACCCCUAGUAGCUCUGCUUAGCGCGAGCACGUGGUACGUGAUGCACGUGCAAGGAGAGACAACUCAGAUCCCAAUCGGCGACUGUGUGGGAAGGGACGAGGAGCUGAGGACGACCGUCAACAACCUGGCCAGACAAAUGAUGCUCCAACAGCUAUUUGUGGAGGAGAAGUCCCGAUCUGACGGGGACUCAGGGCUCAAGUCGAUCCGACUCAGCAACGACGGCACCCAGCCCUACUAUGCGAACUCCCACGUGAGCUGGUCUGUCGCCGCCAUCCACGACCACCCGGACCACAUGAACACUGUGGGGAUGGGGGAACUGCUGGCUGUGCUGAAUGGCGUGGAGUUCAGAACCCGUCAUAACGACUAUACUCUUUACAAACCCAGGUGA